CCGACUUGCGAGCUCAUAGUCAUAUUAUAUACUCUCAUUUCUCCCUCUCUCUCUCUCUCUGCCUCAGCACAAAGUUGCAUAAAAUUCUCGAUCUUUCUCGGCAAAUCAAAACCUCUAUGGAACCAACUCGGUCAUUCCUCCUGAUUCGUGGAAUUCAAAUCUGGGUUCUUCUAGAUUUGGUCAAUUUUAGUUAGUCCAGGUACAUCUGUAGUUAAAUAUUUGUUCCUGAAAUCUCUAUUUCAGUUGGAGCUGUGAAAACAGAAAAAAAGAAUCUUUCUUUUGUAUUUGGGAGCUGAAUAUAAGCUCACAUUUGUGUGUUCAGAAAAAGGGUCAGGGUUUUUGUUUUGGUAUAGGCUUGUUGGUGUAAGUAUUGGGGUGGAGGGUUCUGCAUUUGGGUUUGUGUGUGAAUUUGGUGAUUGCUUGAGUUGAUUUGGGAUUUGGGAUUUGAGAUUUGGGAUUUGGGUUUUGUGUGUGAAUUUGGUGAUUGAUUGAGGGGAUUCGGGAUUUCAAUUUGAAUGGGAAUUCGAUGCUUGCUUGAUUGAUUGGAGUUUGAAUCCAAUGAGACGCCGCUCUCCGACCAGUGUACCAUCCGAGCAAAUGGAGAAGGGGACAGGAAAGAGUCAGAAUACAAGAAUCUGUUUCUUGGCCUCAUUGUCUGUGUUCUUCUGGAUGUUACUGUUGUACUUCCAUUUUGUUGUGCUUGGAGGUAGUACCGUAGAUCAAUCUGUCAAAUUACAGUUACAAGCCGGUCCUGUUUACACAGAAUUGAAGCCUACCCGUGUAACUAGUGAUCCUCAGAAAGAAAACCAAAACACUGAAUCGAAACCUAUCCAUGUAACCAGUGAUCAUCAGAUGGACAACCAAAACACUGUAUCGGCACCUAUCCGUGUAACCGAUGAUCAUCAGGUGGACAACCAAAACACAGAAUCAACCCCUACCGUUGUAGCCCCAGCUGCUCAUCAAACGGAGUCCCCUGCAAAAGCCAUCCAGAUUCAUGAAGCGGAGAAAUAUCCGUUCAUGAAAGCAUUGAGAACUGCUGAAAACAAGAAUGAUCCAUGUGGUGGGAGAUAUAUUUAUUUGCAUGACCUUCCCCCGAGGUUUAAUGAGGAUAUGCUGAAGGAGUGUAGGAGUUUAAGCCUUUGGACAAACAUGUGCAAGUUCACAACUAAUGCUGGACUUGGUCCUCCACUUGAGAAUGCUGAGGGGGUGUUCGGGGAUACGGGUUGGUAUGCCACGAAUCAGUUUGCCGUGGACGUCAUAUUUAGCAAUCGGAUGAAGCAAUAUGAGUGCUUGACAAAUGAUUCAUCUGUCGCAGCAGCUAUAUUUGUUCCCUUUUAUGCCGGGUUUGACAUUGCCCGGUACCUUUGGGGAUUCAAUAUAUCAAGGAGGGAUGCGGCUUCUCUCGAUCUGGUUGAUUGGCUUAUGAAGAGGCCAGAAUGGGGCAUUAUGGGUGGCAAAGACCAUUUUCUUGUUGCUGGAAGGAUAACAUGGGAUUUUAGGAGACUGUCAGAGGAAGAUUCAGAUUGGGGUAACAAGCUUCUCUUUUUACCAGCUGCUAAGAAUAUGUCCAUGCUUGUGGUCGAAUCUAGCCCAUGGAAUGCUAAUGAUUUUGGUAUUCCAUAUCCCACAUACUUCCAUCCAGCUAAAGAUGCUGAUGUUUUCAUCUGGCAGGAGCGCAUGAGAAGAUUAAAGCGUGAUUGGCUUUUCUCUUUUGCUGGUGCCCCACGUCCUGGCAAUCCCAAGUCGAUUAGGGGGCAGAUCAUUGAUCAAUGCAGGAAUUCAAAGGUUGGCAAGCUUUUGGAAUGUGAUUUUGGGGAAAGCAAGUGUCAUUCUCCAAGCAGUAUAAUGCAGAUGUUUCAGAGCUCCCUUUUCUGCCUGCAACCACAGGGCGAUUCGUACACACGGAGAUCUGCUUUUGAUUCAAUGUUGGCUGGUUGCAUACCUGUCUUCUUCCAUCCUGGGUCCGCAUACACACAAUAUACUUGGCAUCUCCCAAAAGAUUAUACAAAGUAUUCAGUGUUCAUCCCAGAAAAUGACAUUCGUAAGAGGAACGUUAGCAUUGAGGAAACGCUAAGAAGAAUUCCUCCCGAGCAGUUGAAGAAAAUGAGGGAGGAAGUUAUUAAACUUAUUCCAAGUCUGGUAUAUGCUGAUCCUCGCUCUAAGUUGGGGGUUUUUAAAGAUGCCUUUGAUGUUUCUGUACAAGCAAUUAUUAACAAAGUUACAAAGUUGAGGAUGGACAUCCUUGAAGGUCGUACAGAUGAUAACUUUAUUGAGGAAAACAGUUGGAAGUAUGCUUUGUUGGAGGAGGGGCAACGUGAGGUAGGACCUCAUGAAUGGGAUCCUUUCUUCUCAAAGCCAAAGGAUGGCGAGGGAGAUUCUGGUGGGACAUCUGCUGAAGCUGCGAAAAAUUCUUGGCAUAAUGAACAACGACAACAUCAAUCAUCGGGCAGGUAACAGCACAGCAAUAAGGAAUCCAAUCCACCAAUGGCUAAUGCAUGAAGACAACAGAUUAGCCUACGUGCCUUCCUGCAUUGUGUUCGGGCAGGUAUGGGCUCUUGCUGGUUCCUUGUCAUGAACACUCAUCACAGAACUCACCAUCAAGAUAUCCAGAGACCCACAUUCUUGUUCAAAUCCAAAACAUACAAAUAGUUUCUGCUUCUAGUGCAUUUUUCCUAUACGAUAUUUAUACUUUCUGCAUUGUGUAAUUUUUGGUAGUUAUUCUUUGUGAUGUAGUCUAGCCAAGCUUUCAUGUUCUUAUCAUCUUACAGGAAAUAAAAAUGAGUAAUUAUUAGUCCUUUA